GAAACCAAUCCCACAUACUUUUGAGAGUAUAAACAGAAUCUUCCUGAACUAUAGCUUUGGCAAUAUCGACACAUAAUUUAUAUAUAUGCUUUAGUUUAGCAACUCAGGUGAAUCAAAUACAAAUACAGCAUAGGCAAAGCCACAAGAUCAUGGUGAUGGAAGAAGAAAGAGAGUGUUGUUCAACAAUAAUAAGAAACAACAACAUCAACCCCAAAGAGAAUCACAAACAAGAGAAACCAUACAGAGGAAUAAGGAAAAGAAAGUGGGGAAAGUGGGUUGCAGAAAUAAGAGAACCAAACAAAAGAUCAAGAAUCUGGUUAGGUUCUUACACCACCCCCGUAGCCGCCGCACGUGCCUACGACACCGCCGUGUUCUACCUAAGAGGUCCGACCGCUCGCCUUAAUUUCCCCGAAUUAUUGUUCCAAGACGACGAAGACAACAUCAACAACAACAACAAAGACGGUUCUGUUCCACAAGGUAACAUGUCCGCUGAUUCAAUACGUAAGAAAGCCACCACGGUCGGUGCUAGAGUUGAUGCUCUUCAAACCGCUCUUCAAGCUUCAUCGCGUUCUAGUUCUACUUCUACUCCAUUUAACUCUGAUGUUAAACCUGAUUUGAACGAGUUUCCAAAACCUGAAGAUUAUUAAUAUAAUUCAUACUGUUAUAUUUUCUCUCUGUAAUCUCUCUGCAAUUUCUUUAUCUUUCUGUUUCUUAGAAUUGUUAACAGAAAUAGAUUAUAGAAUAUAGACUCUUGUCAUAAAUUAAUGUAACCUACUUUUACUCUUUAUUUAAUUUCUGAAAAAUAUUAUGAAAAUUAUGAAUAAUCA